CGCGCGAAAACGCAAAGUCAACAGUUUGUGUUGUUUUUCGUUGGGUAACCUAAAACUUUUACUGUUAUCUUAUGCCAAAUUAUCGCAUUUAAUUGUUCAACAGCGGGAUACUUCUAUAUAAAUAUUACAAUGCCACGAAAAACGUUACCUGACGCGGUUAGUUGGCUUAGUGAAUGUGUAAAUACAGAUCAAAUUGGCUCUCACAAUGUUUACUACUACGAAAAAUUCAAGUUCAAGAACUUGAUAGCAUCAGUGGGCGAUUUCGUGCUGGUGUCCAACGCGGACGCGGCGGAACCGGACGCGGAGGAGGGCUGCGACGCCGCCAGGAUCCUCGCGCUGUACGAGAACAGGGAGAAGAAGAGCGACCCGUUCAGGGCCAAGGUGCAGUGGUACUCGCGGCCGGCCGACCUGCCCACCAGCUGUUUUAACAACAUGGAUGCUAUAGCAUUUUCGCCUAAAGAGGUAAUUGAAGAUCACCGUCCAUUUGACACUGAUGUGUCAAUUGAAACAUUCUACAAGGUGUGCGGCAUCACACUGACAUUCACCUCCAUCGACCCAGAGUCAGUGCAGGAUGAGGAGUCCAAACAGUAUAACUAUGUCUGCCGCUACCGACUCACUGCUGUCAGCAAGAGGAAGUUCAACAUUGAGCCCGUCAUGGAGGAAGAGAGGAAAGCCAUUGAGUUACUCAGAACCCCAAGAAGACCCGACAGCCAAUCCAGAACCGGCACCCCUAAAACCCCCAGCAGCUUAGUCAAAAGAAUGAGCAGAGUGUCUAUUUCAGAACAGAAAAACUGGAGCAUAAGCAAAACUGAAGGCACUAAAUUACUACUGAAAAGAGCCAUACUGGCCGACAAAGAAAAGGCCUCCCCUAAAAAAGCUACACCAAAAACUACUCCAAAGAAAGCUCCAGAAGCCCAAAGAACCUCUAAGACGAUUGGAAGGGAGAACAUAGCUGAUAUCAUUUCAAUGGAAUUGGAAGAGAAUUCUGAUGAUGAACUCCCGACAUUGAUCAUCAGAGAACAUAUUCCAACUACACCUAAAAGAAAGGCUCCAGUGAACAAAAGAUUAGAGGAAACACCAAAGACUACUUUAGUAUUUGAAAGUGAGAAGGAAACUCAUUCAACAAGGUCUGGGAGGACCACAAAGAUGCCAGCACAUUAUUAUGAAGAAGAAAUGUCACCUGUGAAGAGAACUCCUACUAAAUCAGUGCGGAAACGGAUCAUGAGUAGUAGUGAUGAUGACUUCAAGCCAAUACUACAGACUCCGAAAGCCCCUUGCACUCCACGGACGCCAAAGACUGCCCGGACCCCUCGCGCCACACCGGGAACUAAAACUCCCAAGAGUGUGUCCCGUAAGAUCAUGACAAGCCAACUUACCCCCUCCUUAAGAACGAGAGCACAUUCAGUUGAAAAGGUUAUCAAUUAUGCCAAACAAAACAAAUCCUUGCCAGGAAGAGAACAGCAGAUGGAAGAAAUAUUGUCAUUUGUGAGAAGCAAGCUGCUGGAUGGCACCAGUGGCUGCAUGUACAUAUCCGGCGUCCCCGGCACGGGCAAGACGGCCACAGUCUGCGCGUCCCUGCACCUGCUCAGUGAGGAGGCGGGCCUGCCGCAGUUCCAACUGGUGGAGGUCAACGGCAUGAGGAUAGCCGAGCCCAGGCAGGCGUAUGUGCAGGUGUAUAAGCAGCUUACUGGUAAGACGGUGGCGUGGGAGCAGGCGUGCAGUCUGCUGGAGAAGCGGUUCACCAACCCCGGGCCGAGGCGCGCGCCCACCGUACUGCUGGUUGAUGAGCUGGACGCGCUGUGCACCCGGCGGCAGGACGUGCUGUACAGCGUGAUGGAGUGGGCGGCGCACGGCUCCGCGCGGCUGACUGUACUCGCCGUCGCCAACACUAUGGACCUGCCCGAGCGCGCGCUAGCGGCGCGCGUGGCGUCCCGCCUCGGCCUCACUCGGCUCACGUUCCCUCCCUACACGCACACGCAACUACAACACAUCGUGGCCACGCGCCUCGCCGCCGCCAACGUGUCGGCUGAUGCGCAGCAGCUUAUUGCACGUAAAGUAGCAGCGGUAUCAGGCGACGCGCGCCGCGCACUAGCCCUAUGCGCGCGAGCAGUGGAGCUAGCUGGCCCUGGGUCAGCGGCGGGGCUGGCCGAGGUGCAGCGAGCGCUGGCCGAGGCGGCGGCGGGCGCCAGCGUGGCUGCCAUACGCAGGUGCUCGGCCGCUGAGAGGCUGUUGUUGAGGGCUGUUGCUAGUGAGGUGGAAAGAACCGGCACAGACGAGACAACCCUCUCGCGCGCGCUGCAAGCCGCCGCCGCCAUCGUGGCCCUCGACGGACGUCCGUACCGCUCCGCGCAGCACGUCCGCGCGCCCACGCCGGCGCAGGCGCAGGCUAUCUGCGCGCGUCUAGCCGCGUCUAGACUGCUGCUGCUGGAGCCUAGGGCCGCCGAGCCGAGAUUACUGCUGAAUGUCAGUGCGGAUGACGUGCAUUACGCUACUCGGCAGAUUUGUGUGUGAUUUUGGUUUAUGUUGGAAUUUGUUAUGAGGUGCCGUAAGUGAAGAAUGUAUCGUUUGGCAUUCUAGCUGUACGUUAGGGUUGAAAUCUCAGAAUCAUGAAUAGGUAAAGUACAAAAAAGUUUAAUUUAUUUAUAGUGCAUUGUUUUUAAUUUCAGUAUUUUUGUAACGACUCGACUUCAUAUAAAUUG